AUGAGGGUCAAUUUGGUCUUUUUCGCUGUUUUGGCUCUGCUUCUAGUGGGAAUUCAUGCGGCAGCGUCAGAUACAACUCUCUUCCCAUCUUGUGCGAUCACUUGUGACAAUAAAUUAUUCUCCAAUUGCUCGUUGACCAACGAUACAUCAUGCUUCUGUGACAGUGGCUCUCGUCCCACGGCCCUGUUAGAUUGCGUUGAAAUCAACUGCACGACAAAGGAAUUCUUCACUACAAAACGUCUAUAUGAGAAGGAAUGUGAUAUAACACCGCUGAAAGGCCCUUCCACGGUCCAAGCCGCUACUCUAGUUCCUCUUAUUCUUGCGUCGUUUUUCUUCGUCGUGAGAUUAAUCGCCAAGAGCAGCGGCCUCGCUGGCGGAUGGGGACUUGAUGAUUAUACAAUCAUCGUCUCAUAUAUCUUGGGAGUCGCCAUAUACGUUCUGAAUAUUUACAUGAUUCGCAGUGGCUUCGGUCAAAAUAUCUGGGAUGUUCCCUUUCCCACAAUCACCAGGUUUUACCAGUAUUUCCAAGGUCUUGCUGUGAUGUAUAAGGUUCAAAUCUCCCUCGCAAAGAUCUCCGUGUGUCUCUUCCUACUCCGCAUCUUCAAAUCACGGACAUUCCGCUAUUUAGCAUACGCUCUCAUCGGUAUCAACGCCGCCAUCGGUAUAUGUUGGGCCUUGGUGGACUCCUUCCGGUGCUUGCCAGUACACCUAACAUGGACCGGCUGGAAAAAUGAGGAACCCGGACAGUGCAUCGAUUUUAUCAGUUCGAUUCUCGUCAACUGUCUGGUGAACAUCUUUGUCGACUGUAUAUUGAUCGUGAUGCCGGUUUACGAGGUGAUCAAGUUGCAGCUGCCUCUACAAAAAAAGCUAUCUGUGGGGUUGAUGUUCAUCGUGGGUUCUGUCCUAACGAUUAUCGCAAUAAUCCGAGUCGUCGUAUUCUGGAAUCACCGCUGGGGGGCAAACCAGACUCUCGGUCUAUAUCCCCUCAUUCACUGGACGGUCAUCGAAUCUCAAAUUUCUGUCAUGUGCGCUUGCCUGCCUGCAUUCAGAGCUAUCGCAGGUCGAUGGUUCCCUCAGUUCCUUGGCGGAACGACCUACCGAACGAAUCAACCGUACACAGCUGAUUACUAUAACAACAUGUCUACGGCAAGCAGCAAGAUCAACAAGUCUGUUACCUACUCAGUGAACUAUGAGUCUCGGUCAGCAACGCAUAGUGAUGUGGAGUUGCUGGAUAUCGAUUCGAGACAUCGACCAUGA